AUGCAUGAUGUGCCUUCGUCAAGCACGCAUCUGGAAAUUGUAUACGGUGCACCCCACGUUGAAGGCAACGUCUCAGGCGAGCUACUAGCGUCCAAUAUUGAACUCAGCUUCUGGGGCGGUGUUGACCAUGUCACCGGAGAGGUUAUCGAUCGUUCCCACCCCUUGGUGCGGCAAUGUCUGAAAGACAAGAUACUGGCUAUACCAGGUGGACGUGGAUCAUGUUCCGGGUCAGCCACGAUACUAGAACUAAUCAUGAACGGCAAUGGGCCGAGGGCAUUGAUCUUCGAGCGUGCCAACGAGAUCCUUGCCGUUGGUCUCUUUGUCGCAGAAGAAGUGUUCGGUAGGAUGAUACCUAUGCUGAUCGUAGAUCCUGGGGACUUCAAGACCAUACUUGGAUGGAACAAGAGGAACAUCUUCAUCCAAGGUCACUGCAUUUCGACACGACAAUUGGAGGCAAGCACAAAAGACCACUAUAAAGCCUUGAGCCCUGAACACGUUCGACCUCACACGCCUGAGCUCUCGGAACUUGACAAAGUCAUGCUCCAAGGUGACUACAAUGGAAAAGGCGGGUACACUAAGGCUCACGAGCUGGCUAUGAGGGUCAUCAUCCGAACAGCAACCAUCAUGAAGGCCCCAUCAUUAAUGUCUGUAUGUCAAGCACAUGUAGACGGCGCUCACUUUGGGCCAGCAUCCGUCUUCUUCGGCAAACGGCUUCGUGAUUUGGGUGGAAAGUUCGCGGUGCCCACUACUGUAAAUGCUAUUACUGUCGACGGACAACGCUGGCGAGACCUGGGAGUUGACACAGGCUUCAGCAUAGAGAGCGAUGAGUUGGCAAAGAUUUUCCUCGACAUGGGUGCUCAGAUGUCGUUCACAUCUAGCAUCCACUUGACCAAGAACAGGGUACCAGAGAUCUCGAUCUCCGCACCUCCAUUCAACCAAGUUCGCGAACCGCCCAUUGACGACUCCUUUUGGCCACUACUCGGCUGUAGGAUUGGCGCUAAAGCAGGCUCACGUAUUCCUAUCAUCACUGGUUUCGGAUCUAUGGAGCGUCCACCAUCUCGAGACGCUUUGAAAGCCUUCUCGGCCGCGUUCGCUACCAGUGCUGGAGCACCCAUGUUCCAUAUGCUCGGCGUUACACCGGAAGCCGAGCAAUAUGCAGGCCUCGUACAGUCUGACGCGUUACAGCCAGAGAUCAGCAUCACUUGGCACGACUUGGAAGAUACGUGGACAGCUUUCAAUCAGGAUUCCGAUUCCAAAGUCCUUCCUCGAACGGUAGAUCUUGUGUCCCUUGGUAACCCUCACUUCUCGCUCCUCGAGCUCAAAUCGCUUGCCCAACUCGUUCAUAGACGUACUAAACAUUCUUCCACUUCUGUAAUCGUAACGACAUCGAGGGCACAGCACAGUCUUGCGACGCAAGCGAACUACAUUGCGGAGCUGGACGAGUUUGGUGUCCAGGUGCUAACGGAUACGUGUUGGUGUUUCAUCCGCGAUCCCGUGAUCAAGAAGGAGGCAAGAUGCAUCAUGACAAACUCAGGGAAGUAUGCGCACUACGGGCCCGGCCUCACGGGCCGAGAGUUCUGUUUUGGAAGCUUAUCCGAAUGUAUUGCGAGUGCUUGCACCGGGCAAUGGGAAGCAAAGGUGCCAGAGUGGCUACAAGUCGGAGUACAGAACUCGUCGUGA